GACGCUCUCGGGUGUAGCGGGAGCAGGGGAUGCAGGUGACCGCGGAGCACCCAGCACCGGGUCCUUGCUGCUCCUCCCCAGGUGCCACCCACCUUAUCAGUGUCAACCCUCACGCCGGCGCCUGGCAGGGACCAGCAAGCUUUAAGCCCUUAGUCCCCCGCCCUCCUCCAGGCUGGUGGCUGGGGAGGAGAAAUCAACUUUGCAGGGGACCCGGCGUUAGCGAGCCUGGCGGUCUGGACAAGUCCCGAGCAUCCCCACCCGGGACCAGGGGCGUCGGUAUCGGCCCGCUGCGGGCCUGCAGAGUCGGCAGUGAAAAACCGCCGCUGGAAGCCUUAUCCCGAGGUAGAGCUGCAAGCAAGAGCCUGGGCCGAAGAGUGAAGUCACCUUGGAGCGUCCUUGAUCAUUCUCAGCUCCGGUCCUGUGGAGCCUCCUGAAAGCAACAGCCACACAUUGAGUUCUUGCCACCAGGAUGGGGAAACAGAACAGCAAACUGCGCCCUGAAGUCAUGCAGGACUUGCUGGAAAGCACGGACUUCACUGAGCAUGAGAUCCAGGAGUGGUACAAAGGCUUCUUGAGAGACUGCCCCAGCGGACACUUAUCAAUGGAAGAGUUUAAGAAAAUAUACGGGAACUUUUUCCCUUAUGGGGAUGCUUCCAAAUUUGCAGAGCACGUCUUCCGCACCUUCGAUGCAAACGGAGACGGGACAAUAGACUUUAGGGAGUUCAUCAUCGCCCUGAGCGUAACGUCGAGGGGCAAGCUGGAGCAGAAGCUCAAGUGGGCCUUCAGCAUGUACGACCUGGAUGGCAACGGCUACAUCAGCAAGGCAGAGAUGCUGGAGAUUGUACAGGCAAUCUACAAAAUGGUGUCUUCUGUCAUGAAAAUGCCUGAAGAUGAAUCAACCCCAGAGAAAAGGACAGAAAAGAUCUUCCGCCAGAUGGACACCAAUAGAGACGGAAAGCUCUCCCUGGAAGAAUUCAUCCGAGGGGCCAAGAGCGACCCAUCCAUCGUGCGUCUCCUGCAGUGCGACCCCAGCAGUGCUGGCCAGUUCUGAGCCCUGCACCCCAGGACGCUACAGCUGCUUGUGUCUUCUGAUUAGCGUUGAAACUUUUUUUUUUUUUUUUUUUUUGGCCAAACAAUAUUGAUGGUGACGCUGUCCCCUCUUGGGUCAGAUGUGCCCUCCUGUGACACCUUUGCCUUUUGCUUCUUUUGUUGUGGACGCUUUGUGGGGAUGCCCAGAGCCCCGUGUGCUGUGGAGAGCAUGAGCACACUUCGCGGUGUCCCCGCCAGAUGACUUUUUAUCUUACCAUUAUCUUCGCCCCCUUUGAUUCUAACGUCUCUGUCUUAAAACACAAGGCUUGGGGGCAAGAGAAGGGAAUUCCACCCAGCGCAUAGGGGCUCUGUUUGAAAGACAGAAGAAGAGGUUAUUACAGGGAGCUGGGACAUGCCCCCAAGAGGCUCACUCCCCUCUCUACCCCAGCAGGCUGUAGUUUCUAAGCUGUGAACAUUUCAAGGUAAAUGAACAGAGGAGAUGCGGGAAGACGGCUCAGCUAUUUUUUCCCCACAGGUUUACACGAGUUGAGCUAAUGCGAGUUUCUUUGAAAAAAAUCGGACACAGAUGGUAACAUUCUAAAACCAGACCCAUCUAACUGCCUACUUGUGAUUUAUAAAAAGACUGCUGUAUAUAAAACAUUGGGUAUUGCAGACCAAAUCAAGUGUUUUGCCUUGUAAAUGCAUGUCUAGUGAGUGCUGAUACAAUCUUACUCCCGAAGACUGUUCUUAGUAGCUCAUCGUGAAGCCAGCUACAAUGAAUGUCAAUGUCUUGUUUUAAAGUUGUACCUGUCUUUGCACAAAUGUACCAGUCAACAAGUAUAUUUUAUAUACUCUGUAAAAUUACGAAGGAAUGACGGAUGACAAGGGCCCAGUUUUGAUGUUUGAAUGGUUUUCUGGAGGACAUGAGGAAGGCAGUUUUCCAAGCGUCUUUUCCGGCACCCACAGCUCCACAUGGACAGGGGCCAAGGCACAGCACCGGCGGCGAAUGCAGGCGUGAUGCGUUUCUAAGCAGAUGAAUGUUCAGUAGACUCGAAAAACAAACAGGACUUCCUAACAACUUAACCCACAUCCUUGGUGGGGGAGCCAGAUCUAGAAUGUUCAUUUUUCCUGCCCAUAGGUGCCCUUUGAAGAGUCAGUUGUGGGACAGCUAGGCAAUUCACCCACUCCAAGAUCCCCUAUGGGGGUCCCUCACCUUGUCCUUUGAAUGCAGCAAAGUAGAGCUGCUGCUUGGGCUGGUCACUCACAUACACUGCUUUGGAAUGAGGGCUGGGAAUAGGAACUUCUGGCCCCUGGCAAGCCAAAGCCCCACAAACAGCUGGCAUCAGAAGGCCCAAACACUCAAGCAGGUUCCGCACAGACACCCUUGAGAGGAGGCAGGAAGGUCUCUGUCUGCUGCCAAGCCACUUCCUGUAGAACAAGAACCGCAUAAAGAUAAACCUGACCACAGGGACAGUGUGCUGAGAGGUUCCUGCCAGUCUGUAACCUGCCCCCGCCCCCACCCCAAUGACACUCGUACCUGGCAGAAAUUCAAACCUGAAUGGUGGAUUAAAAUAAAUCACUUCAUAGGUUGAAAUUUUGAGACCUAGAUUUUGUAAUCUUAAUUUUUCCUAGUGUCGUUUCCUUACAUUUUGUACCAAGGCUUGCCAAAUCCUGUGGGCCAGAUGGCAAAGUCUGCUUUUGAGCAGCAGAAUGAACCCAAGUUGUAGAAAAGAAACAGAUCAGGGACCCAGCACACCAAUCACUGGGAACUGGACUCACACAGCCCUCUCUGAACUGAGGACUUGAUUCCUCUGUCUGGUCUCGUCUGAUGAGUGUCAACAGUGUUGGAGAAUCCUCGAGUGGCCGCCUCCAGCUGAGCCAGAAUCUGGUUUCCUAGAACUUAGAGCCAGUGUGGGAACUAGAAAAAGUGACUUCCAGCUUUAGGGAAACGAAGAGCCUGAGGCAUAGGUUGUGAGCCCUGCGGUCCCCAGAAAAGGCAUGCAGAGUGUCAGAAACGGCUAGCCACACAGACACAACACACCAGGGCCGUUUUCUCCCCUCUCUUCCCCACCUCUCCUCACGCAGGUAUGGGCAUACCUAACUUUAUGCAUUUUGACCAAGGGACUUCAUAGACACGUCACUCCGGUGAGGAUAGCUGGAGGAAGUGGAAUCUGAUUUGUUCCCAGGAGAGGCAGCCUGCGCUGUCCAUGGGACGGGACUAAAUGGCGUAUGACUUGAAGGACACUUCAAAGUUGACUGUUCAUACCUCGCUUAAGAUGGAGAAGGGUGCUGUGGGUGCUUUCGCACCCAGCAGUACACCCAGGGGGACUUUCUACAAAUGAAUUUAAUAAUAUAUGUCAUACUACGUAGUGUGGUCCCGUUAUCACUUGAUUGUAUAGCUCUUGCCUGGCAUUAAAGCAUGUUAAUUAUUUAA